UACUUCUCCCAUAGCCAACUUCUAAAAAAGUACAGUGUGUUUGGGUGACGUAGGGUAGUCACGGUGACUGUUUUAGAAUGAUCAGAAACAGAACAGCCGCGUAUCGUUUGAUCCACUCGAUUGUAUGGCCAGAGCCUGCUUGGGCUCUCCGCCAAUUAUCUCUUCGUCCUUCCAACAUUUCCGCCUCUCUACCGCCAAAUUCCCCGCAGUCAACGCCUCCCACGUCAGCACCACCAUCACCACUACUACCACAAUGCCCCACCCCCACCCCUCGCUUGAAGUCGCAGGAGGUGCACGUGAACGCUUCCUACUGCCGCUAAUGACGAUCUUAAGCAAGCCGUACACUCCAUUCCCUCUCGUUGCCUAUAACCGUCACUUGGAGACUAUAUUCGCUGCCUUCUUUCGUUCCAUUCCUCAAAUCAGGUUGCGGCGGGAGUGUCUUCGGACUGCUGACGACGGUGCCGUCGCCCUCGAUUGGGUCGCCGGUGAUGAUGGCCGACUUCCGCUGGAAACUCCAGUCGUCAUUUUACUGCCAGGCUUAACUGGAGGGAGUGAUGAUUCAUACGUGAGGCAUAUGUUGGUAAGAGCUAGAAGCAAAGGAUGGCGUGUGGUCGUUUUCAAUAGCAGAGGUUGUGGUGACAGCCCUGUUACUACUCCACAGUUCUACUCGGCUUCGUUUUUAGGAGAUAUGCGUGAAGUAGUGGCAAAAGUUGCUGCUAGGUACCCAAAAGCUAAUUUAUAUGCCAUUGGUUGGUCUCUUGGUGCGAAUAUUCUUGUCCGUUACUUGGGUGAGGAAUCUAAUGCUUGCCCUCUUUCUGGAGCAGUGUCAUUGUGUAAUCCUUUCAAUUUGCCCAUUGCAGACGAGGACUUCCGUAAGGGCUUUAAUAUUGUUUAUGACAAAGCUCUUGCGAAUGCUCUCUGUAAAAUUUUCAAGAAGCAUGCUCUUCUAUUUGAAGACAUGGUUGGUGAAUAUAAUAUUCCAUCAGUUGCCAAUGCCAAGUCUGUUAGGGAGUUUGAUGAAGGACUGACCCGAGUAUCAUUUGGUUUCAAGUCAGUUGAUGACUACUAUUAUAAUUCAAGCAGUUCGGAUUCCAUAAAGCAAGUUCAAAUACCCUUGCUUUGUAUCCAGGCUGCCAAUGACCCAAUUGCUCCUUCUAGGGGAAUUCCUCAUGAAGAUAUCAAGGAAAAUCCAAACUGUUUGUUGGUAGUGACACCCAAAGGUGGUCAUCUAGGAUGGGUUGCAGGUUCGGAAGCUCCUCGUGGAGCUCCAUGGACUGAUCCUCUCGUGAUGGAUUUCCUUGAGCAUUUGGAGAGAGGUGAACCUACAGCACCUGCCUCUUCCAGUAAUUUGGGAGGCAUACAGCAACACCUGGAAGUGUAACUGGCAGGCAAUUUGAUAAUUGUGAGUGAGAACUUCUGUGGUGUAUUUGGUGAGGAACGUCAUAUCUUCAUCACGAUCCAUCCUUAUCCAAGUUUUCUACUUUGAGUUGCAAUAAUUAAAUGGAGAUCAUGGCUUUGCAUUUGAAGAUUCAGAAAGCUACAAUUGGUUCUUUUAUCAUGUGAUGUUGGCCAGGUACUCGUCACGCUUCCAUUCGAGUUCAAAAUCAAUUCCCAAAUUGAAGAGAAGUGGAGCAUCCACUUGGGAAAGAAUCCUAACUUAGGCUUCUGAUUGGGAUAGAAUUGUGGAGUAUUGAGAAAGAAACCAGAGUAAUUUCUUCUGUGAGAUUUUUAGUGCAAUAGAUACCAGGCACCCUCUUCUACAUUAAAAUAUAAUGUUUAAGCUUCUCUA